AUGGUUUCAAUAUUUAGAUAUAUUACAGGUUUAACUUUGAUUAUCACAACUUUUUCAGUAGUAAAUAGUGCUGGAAUAUUUGAUUUUAGCGGUUCAAAUUUUAAAAGAACUACAACAAUUGUUUAUCAUUUUCCUGGUAGUGAGGUUAAAGUUUAUCCACUCAAGCUAUCAAUACAUCCUAGAGGAAAUGGUCUGCGCAACAACUGCUCACUAUGGAACAUAAUUUGUAUCACAACCAUUGUAAUUUUCCUUUUUUCUUCUUGUUUUACAUAA